CUCACUUUGCUUAGCUGCUCUUUGCCUCUCUCUGCAGACCACUGGGAGACAGCAAUGGCUUUUUCCAAGCAGUUUUGUUUUGUCCUGCUUCCCUCCACUCCCAGAUUUCCUGAGUUGUUAAAUCAAUAGCCUUAGGGGGAAAAGACAUGAAACUCCCACAAAAAUCCAGUUAGCACAGCUGGUGGAUUUCAUGCCUAGUCCUUUCCUUUCUGAAGGGGAGACAGACACAGGAGGGGGAAGGAUGGGACUUACAAGGACUCUUGUCCAAGUCUUGGGUUCAAGUGUCACUUUCCAUGUGAUUUCAGGAAUGUUCUCAUUCCUUUUUUUCUGCUGAGCCAUUAGAGUGUUUUCUUUUUCCUGGUGUAUUGUGACUUUUUGGCAUAAAGAGGUCGUUGAAAAGCCUCCCUGUUCUCACAAAGAAAAGGAGACCAAAGUUCAAUAUGGGGAUAAACAACAAGAAUUCUCUGAUAAAAUUCCAGCUGUAGGUACUUAAAGCCAAGGAGAGGUGUCCUUCCUCUCAGCCUGUGGGAGCAUCUCCUAGCCCAGAUGAGCUGCAAAUUCACACAUUGCCUGAGUCGGAAAUCCUAUGCUAAGAAUACGCAUGAUUUCUCCUUAAGAGCAAAAUCUUUGAACAGGCAGGGCUUAUCUGUGCUUAUCUGCUUCCCUGUGUUGCCUUUAGAGUGCUUUCCUGGGCUCCAGCAAGCUUGAAUUUUGCAGAUUUGGACACAAGGAUGCUGCUUUUCUGUCUCUCCCUCUUACUUGCUUCAGGUGUCUGAACAAAGCUGAGCAUCCUAAAAUUGAAAGUCACUCAGUUUCCAUGUCCACAAUAAAUCUGUCUCUGGACCAGACCAAGCCACUGCCAGGUGGUUAAACCUUUCCAGCAUUACUUCUGUUUGUAUCUCUGGAGUCUCUGAAGUCCCAUCCCACAGCUGCAGAUUGCUCUGUGCACUGUGCAAACACUGAGAGGAGGGAGCAGGAAGGUCUGUGUAAGCUCUGCUGAGCUGCAGGACCUGCAGACCUCUUGCUGUAGGGGAGAUCCCCCUCUGGACAUUCCAGUCCCAAUAAGUUUAAAGCUUGAGGAGAUGGGACAGCUGUGGAGUGAGGGCAGAUAACACUUGUCCAGGUCUGUGGUGUGGACGGGGAGCAGAGCUCCAGCUCCCAGCACUUCUCCCUGGAGAGGAAACUCGAUGUGGUGGAAAAGCUUCUCUCUUCUCGAUGCAAGAAGCCCCUCAGUGGCUGAACACUGUAUAAACAGCAGCGGCAGGCUCCCUCCCCCUUUCCAUUGCUGUUUGUUAAACACACGCUCUCUGCCUUUCUCUCAUUCAGGAGCGAAGACAGCAUCCAGCUUUGUGAGACAGGGCUGUCAGUCGCCCUGCGAGAGGAAGCUCUCCGGGUGCUCAGGGAGGGGUUCCAAAGCUACUCCUGGCGAUGAAACACUCUCCAGCAGCCCACAUCCUCACCUGACUUCUUCUCUUCUCCGAGGACAGUUGAGGAAAAGUGCUUUCUACUCCUUUGCCACAGGUGGACUUCCAGAGAGUGGAGAGGACCAAGCGCUCCGUUCUGGCCAGCGAUGAGACAGUGACUGGAGACCUCCUUCUCCUCCUUAUGGAAAGUCUUGGGCCAGGCAUGGGACCAUUGGAGGGAGCCAACAGCACAUUCACCAUGGAGAAGACAGCAUUAGAUGAGAAGCUACCACAUGGCUGGCAUGCCAAGGACUUUGUCACUCCUACCCAGGAUCUCUCCGGAUCCCACAGUAUCAUGAUGGACAGCACCAAGAUCCUGGGGGUCCAGGUCAUCCUGAUUGCUGCCUACUCACUCAUCAUUCUGCUGGGGUUUAUUGGGAACUCCCUGGUCAUCUACAUCAUAGUGAAGUACAAGACCAUGAGGACUGUCACCAACUUCUUCAUAGCUAACCUGGCCCUGGCAGACCUGAUGGUGGACACACUCUGUCUGCCUUUCACCCUAGUGUACACCCUGCUGGAUGAGUGGAAGUUUGGAGCUGUCCUUUGUCACCUGGUUCCUUAUGCUCAAGCUCUGAGUGUCCAUGUGUCCACUCUCACCCUGACUGUGAUUGCCCUGGAUAGGUACCGCUGUAUUGUUUUCCAUCUGGACAGCAGGAUUUCCAAGAGGCUCAGCUUCACCAUCAUAGCUGUCAUGUGGCUGGCAGCAGCUGUCCUAGCAGGGCCUCUGGCCAUCUUCAGGGAGUACCGAUAUGAGGAAAUCCCAUCCAUUAACCUCAAAAUGGCUGUUUGCUCAGAAAAAUGGCCCUCUGGUAACAACAGAGAUGCCACCAUCUACAGCCUGUCCAUGCUCCUCCUUCAGUAUGUUCUUCCUCUUGCAAUUAUUUGUUAUGCGUACACCAGGAUCUGGUUCAAGCUGAAAAACCAUGUCAGUCCCACUUCUAGAAAUGAAAACCAGUGCCGGAGGAGGAAGACAACCAAAAUGCUCGUGAUGGUUGUUGUGGUAUUUGCAGUCUGUUGGCUCCCCUUCCACAUAUUCCAGCUUGCCAUUGAUCUUGAUCUGGUUCUUAUCUUCCAUGAGUACAAACUCCUGUACACUGUCUUCCAUGUUGGGGCCAUGUGCUCUACGUUUGUCAACCCCCUGCUCUAUGGAUGGAUGAACAAGAACUACAGGAAUGGCUUCCUUAUGUUCUUCCGUUGCCAGAACAAGCCUGAAAGCAUCCACACUGAAGGCUCAGUUAGAGGGAGGUCUUACAUCUUCAGGGCCAACACCCUAAAUGGGAGCAUCAAACAGACUCCUGACAAUGGAGCACUGCCCACAGAGGUUUAGGGAUGGGACAUCCACCUCCAGGACUGAGGCUGGCUGAGCCCAGAGACAUUCUUGGGUGAAUGCCUUUUUUUGACAGAACAUUUAUGCUGCCAAUUAUAGCUAGAGCAGCCAUGUAGAAAUCCUAAAUACCCUCUGUAUCUCUCAAAACAAUAAAUCUGGUGUAUUUUUGUCUGACCAAAGAAAUUAAUUUUUCCUUUCACUGCGUUCAAGUUAUGCAUGGAGAUACAUGAAAAAAAUAACACACAGAGAACGCUUUCAUUUAGCCAGAAAAAUACACCCUUCUUGCUAUUUCCAUUUGCCAAAGUGGGUUGCUCAACCUUUUACCCCCUGACACAUUACA